GUGCUGUUAGUGGAAGAGUACAUUUUCAUUGAUCCAUUCGUGGUACGGAAGCAAGGAACGUACGAAUUUACGAAUUCUAAUCGUGAUAUUAACUUCGUAUUCACUGUAUUUCAAAUCAAAGUUACGAUUAAACAAAUUUCCCUUCUGAAUAAUUCUUACCAUGGAUCGUUUGAAAACGUUAUGGUGGAGAAGUGAGAGGGAAGCUGAGAAAUGGGCUCAAUCAAAGGUUCAUACAGAAGAAGCGUAUACCGCAAUUGUCAUUGGAUAAAUAUCGAUCGACUCGAAAAUCAGACUAUGUUAUAUCGAAUAACGGAUUGAUCGCACCCGUCGCUUCAUUCACACGUCGGACAUGAAAAAUCUUGGUUCGCGUUGGACGGUCCCCGACAUAGCACGCACUGCCGCAGCGCGUUCGUCAUUUCUCGUCGCCAUUUCGUCGGAACGAGAUUCAGGUAGCAGCAGCAGCAGCAGCAGCAACAGCAACAGCAUCAUCAUCAACGAUAGCAGCAGCAGCAUCAGAAGCAGAAGUAUUAGCGUGAAAGUGAAAAGGAGCAACGUUAGAAGUAGCGGUAGUGGAAUCAACAGGGAAAGUAUCAACGGUAGAGGCAGAGUCACGGCGAUCGAAAAGUAUAAGAGGGGAACGAGGGGAAACGGUAGAUCGGCAGUCGACGUGCUGCACGAGUCGAAUUUAUCCGUCCGAUCGUACGUAACGGCGUCGUCAAAUCGGUUCGACGGCACGACGCGUCCCGAAUCGACGACCAGGUACCGGCCACUAGCCGGCAAGUCGCGCGGUUCUCAGCACCGGUCUCGUCCUCGUCAGCCGCAGCCGCAGCCACCGCAGCAGCCACUCUAUUACCCCCCCGCAUCGUGGGACACGCGCACAUUACACUUCAGGAACUGUUAGCACCGAUCAAA